AUGCCAUCCAACUCCGAAGCGACAAACGGCUUCAACGGCGUGAACGGCAACCACGCUGGGCCGCACUCAAGUAACAACACAGAUGCCGCAAAAGGACUCCAGGCUCCGCCUGGACCCCCAGCGCCGCUGGCCACGGCGGAUCAUCAUGAACCGCUUGGAGCUGACCGCGACGGCAUCACAGCCGCCUUCAAGCAGUUUGCUUCAUCAAUCCAUGCGUCUCGACACCCCCUGCCUACUCAGCUCGGGGACGGAACGGUCAGUAUCAAGAAGAGGCAGACCGGCCUGACGGUGGAUCUGAAGCAUCUCGGCAAGAAAGAUUUCAAAACAUUGCUGGAUCUGGUCAAGAGCAAGCUCCACGGGACCGAGCCGCUGGAUGACAAGACCAUGCUCAUGGAACGGAUCAUCCAGAUCGUUGCCGGGCUUCCUACCAGGUCGAGGACCAGAGUGUUGUUGACGAACCAGUUCAUCGGCGAGCUAUGGGACAGCUUGGAGCACCCCGUGCUGAAUUACGUCGGCGAAAAGUCGAUGUACCGUUCCGCGGAUGGCUCCAACAACAACCCCCUGUGGCCAUCAAUGGGCGCAGCCGGUACGACAUAUGCUCGUUCAGUUCGCCCCACAAUCAUGCCUCCUGGCGCCCUGCCUGACCCGGGGCUCAUUUACGACUCUGUGAUGAGACGUUCGAGCAAGGGGUAUAGGAAGCACCCCAACAACGUGUCGAGCAUCCUGUGGUACUGGGCCACCAUCAUCAUCCAUGACCUCUUCUGGACCGACCCCCGUGACCCGACCAAGUCCAAGACAUCGUCCUACUUGGACUUGUCGCCACUUUAUGGAAGCAACCAGGACAUGCAGAACACCAUUCGCACGUUCCGCGACGGGAUGCUCAAGCCCGACGCGUACGCUGAUAAGCGGCUCCACGGGAUGCCAGCUGGUGUCUCCGUCCUGCUUGUCAUGUUCAACCGGUUCCAUAACCACGUCGCAAAGCACCUUGCAAUUAUCAAUGAGGGUGGGCGUUUUGCGAAGCCCGAAGGUCCGCGACCUGGUAUGUCUGGUCCCGGGCCAGUCAACAGUGACAAAGAGGCAGAUGAGGCUGAAAAGAAGAGGGAGGCGGCGUGGAAGAAGUACGACGAAGAUCUCUUCCAGACCGCUCGGCUCGUCACCUCGGGUCUGUACAUCAACAUCAUGCUGGUGGAUUACGUCAGGAAUAUCGUCAACCUCAACCGCUGCGACACCACGUGGACGCUGGACCCGCGACAGGAGAUGGGCCGUGAUGCCGGCACCGCCAAGAUCGCCGCGGCCGGCACGGGCAACGUCGUCUCGGCUGAGUUCAACCUGGGCUACAGGUGGCACAGCUGUAUCUCAGAGAAGGACGACCGCUGGAUCCAGGAUUUCUACCAGGAGUUGUUCGGCAAGCCCGCCCACCAGGUUGACAUGCGGGACAUGGCCACUGGCUUCAGGAAGUUCGAUGAGGGCAUCCCCAAUGACCCUGCAGAGAGGACCUUCGGGCACUUCAAGCGCGACCCCGCAACCGGGAAGUUCAAGGACGACGAUCUCGUGGAAUGUAUCACGUCGGCCAUCGAGGAUUGUGCGGGGGCGUUUGGGGCGCGCAACGUGCCCAUCUCGAUGCGGCCGGUGGAGAUCCUUGGUAUCAUGCAGGCGCGGAAGUGGCACGUAUCCGGGCUCAACGAGUUCCGGCGCCACUUUGGCCUGAAGCCCUAUGAGACCUUUGAGGAGCUCAACUCGGACCCCGAGGUGGCGAGCUGUCUCAGCCACCUGUACGAGCACCCGGACUUUGUGGAGCUGUACCCGGGCCUGGUGGCCGAGGAGGCCAAGGAGCCCAUGGUGCCGGGCGUGGGCAUCGCCCCGACGUACACCAUCUCGCGUGUGAUACUGAGCGACGCCGUCUGUCUCGUCCGGGGCGACAGGCACUACACGACCGACUACAGCCCCCGCUCGCUCACGAGCUGGGGCUUCAACGAGGUGCAGUACGACCUCAACCUCAACCACGGCUGUGUCUUCUACAAGCUCUUCCUCCGUGCCUUCCCCGACCACUUCAAGCAGAACUCUGUCUAUGCGCAUUACCCCAUGGUCAUCCCGUCUGAGAACCGCCGCAUCCUGAAGUCUCUGAAGCGCGAUCACCUCUUCACCUGGGACAGGCCGGCGCACGCACCUGCUGACAGCGUCGAGGUUGACUCAUCUGAUGGUUGCGACGACACAGCCGGGGUCUGGUCCAAGAAGUUGAGUUCGCUCCUGGACAGAGACAGCAUCCGUGUCACCACCGAGGAGCAACCAUCCGGCGACAAAUUGACAGCGGCCGUCAAGGUGUUCUACCAGCAGACGCUGGAGCGACUCUUCAAGGACAAGAGCUACGUGCUGGGCGGGAGCCACAUGGUUGAUAUCGUGCGGGACAUAGGCAAUGUUGCAAAUGUGACCUUUGCCUCGUCGCUUCUCAACCUGCCCCUCAAGACGGCCUCGAGCCCAAAGGGCGUCUACACCGAGGAGGAGCUGCACUCGGUCCUGGCACUGAUCUACAUCACCCUCUUCCUGAACGAAGACCCCGUCAAGGUCUUCCCGCUCAGGCAGGCGGCAAGUGCUAUCACUGAGCAGUUCUGCAAGGUCAUCGAGAACAGCACCAGCACCGGAGGCCGCGGGUUCAGCUUCUUCGGCUCCACGGCCCGGGCAGACUCGGUGCACGCGCACGGGGCUGAGAUGAUCAAAGGCUGGGGAAAGGGCGGCAUGGGCGCGUCCGACGUUGCCUUGGGUCACAUCAUCCCCACGGCCUCCCACAUCGUAGCCGUCCAGGGCGCGCUGUUUGCCCAAGCCGUCGACUUCUACCUCUCCCCAGAGGGCAGGGGCAAGGAGCACCUGCCCAAGAUCCAGGCCCUCGCCAGGGAGCCGCCCUCGGGCGAGAACGACAGGCUGCUCCUGGGCUACGUCAUGGAGGGCGUCCGCCUGUCGCGGCGCCCCCCCUCCUCCUCCUCCUCCUCCUCCUCGUCCACCACCUCAUCACCAGGAGGAGAGGACAGCCUCGGGUCGCCGGACGUGACCCCGACCAGGGCCCCAGGGGAGCACGGCGACUACGGGCUGGGCUCGAACCCCCACCUGCCGCGCGGCGUGCACACCGCGGCGCUGACGGAGCUGUUCCGCGCGUUGUUCAGCAGGCGCAACGUCCGGCGCGCGCCGGGCCCGCAGGGCGAGCUGAAAAGGGUCGCGAUGGCGGACGGCUCGUGGGCCUACAUGACCGAGGACUGGAGCGGCAUCACGCCCCUGCCGACGUCGAUGCGGGUGUGCUGGGAUGAGUAG